GUGCAACACCGUACCAAAGCAAUAUCCAUAGGAACACCCCGUGUCAGAGGGAGAGAUGCAGAGACGUGCAAUCAAUCACGAGGGACCCUGCUGCCACGUUCGUGGCCCUCGUAUCAAACGUAACGCACGAGUAGAACACGGGCCCGGCUUCGACGACGAAUUUUGGCAGAAGAGCCUCCUCCCUAGCAGAGUUCCCGAAAUCUCCUUCAAUUACGGCCACCGGAGCACCAAGGAGAGCGCUUGUAACUGUCGAGAGCGUUUAACAAGGGCCACGUGUGUAAGACAAUUCUCGAUGGUUGUUACGGGUUCGGGUUGCAGCGACGUUGCAGCGAGGAACGACAAACAACAGAAUUCAGGCUGCCGCUGUUUCUGCCCACGCAACGGGCAACAAACGUCAGAACCGUAA